GUCGGAAGGCAAAAAGAAGUCUCUCACAAACGAGAAUGGCAGCCGCGCGACUAGUUGUAACUCGGAGACUCUAUUCUCGAUACAAAUACUUCUUUUAUUUUUCUAUCGUUAUUUUGGCCCUUCAAGCUUUACUAGGAUACAGCUUUUACUCUAUGAAAGAAGUGGACCAAUCGGACGAUAAAGCGACUGGUAAUGGACCACAUGUAAACCCGGCAAACGAUCAACUUAGUAACAAGAACGAACCCAAUGGUUUUGCCGAUAAGGGCAGACAUCAGGAAUCUCAUAGCACAGACAAGCUAAUCAGCAAAAAUGGAGGAACAGGACCACCACAGGAUCACCACCAGGAUGCUGACAAUGACCAUGGAGACACUCAGUUGGACAAACUAGAAAACAGCAACCAUGAUGCCAAUGGUGCUGAGGGUCCAGGGGUGGAGGCAUCCUUAGCAACAGAAACACCACGUUUCACCAAGUAUCAGCCCAAGUGUGAGGUGACAGAGAAGGAGGCCAUAUCAGCCAUCAGCAGGGCCAAGACAGUGCAGUGCAAGCAGGAGCUGGCAGAUGUGGCAUGCCUACACAUGGAGAAUAAGCUGUAUAAAACAUAUCUUCCACGAUUCUGUCCUCUUAGAGGUAAUAAUACAGGCAAGUAUCUGGGUUGCUACAAGGACAACCUCAGUGACCGAGACCUGGAAGGCAGCUAUGUUGAAACAGAUGAAAAUUCACCGGAUAUGUGUGUUAAUUACUGCUUGAGGGCAGGGUUCAGUUAUGCAGGCCUUCAGUACACGCGAGAGUGUUGGUGCGGUGAUGCAUAUGGAAAGCAUGGUCUUCGUGAAGAUGCACAUUGCAGCAGCAAGUGCCCUGGCCAGGAAAAUGCCACUUGUGGUGGAUAUCUGGCUAACCGCAUUUUUAUGACAGGCUUUGGCAGAAAAUACACAGACAUCAAGAAAAAAACACAGACUAUGAAAGAAAAAGAAUUGGCAGCUGAGGCUAUUCGCCAUCCAGCACCUUUGAGUUUGGACAGCACACAGCCACAAAAAAGCUUGGUGAAAAUUGUUUUUGUGCUCACGCUCAAUGGGCGGCAGACACGUCAAGUUGUUCGACUACUACGCACCCUUUAUCAGCCACAUCACUAUUACUACAUCCACGUGGAUAGUCGUCAAGAGUAUAUGUUCCGAGAGCUGUUGCCACUGGAGGAGCUGUUACCUAAUGUGAUGGUGACCCGAAAUCGUUUUGCAACCAUUUGGGGUGGUUCCAGCUUGCUUCAGGCUCAUUUGAGCUUCCUGAAAGAGCUCUUGGACAAGACAGAGUGGGCUUGGGACUAUUACAUAAAUCUCAGUGAAAGUGAUUACCCCAUUAAGACGAUUUCAGAUCUCACGAGUUACCUCACCACUUAUAAAGGACUUAAUUUUCUCAAGUCCCAUGGGAAGGAUACACCAAGAUUUAUCAAGAAGCAGGGUUUGGAUCAGACAUUCUAUGAGUGUGAAAAUCACCUGUGGCGUGUUGGACGCAGACCUUUGCCGAAUGGUAUUCGUGUUGAUGGGGGCAGUGACUGGAUAUGUCUGUACCGAAGCUUUGCCCAGUAUGUCAUCAAGGAAAAUGAUGAGCUACUUGCAGGACUAAAAGCAUACUACAAGUACUCUUUGCUUCCUGCAGAGUCUUUCUUCCACACAGUCCUGCAAAACAGCCACUUCUGUACAGAGUCAGUCGACAACAAUCUGCACAUGACCAACUGGCGGCGUAAGCAGGGCUGCAAAUGUCAGUACAAGCACAUCGUGGACUGGUGUGGCUGCUCUCCCAAUGACUUCAAAAUCAAUGACCUUGAAAGGCUGCUUCUUGUGCAGAAAUAUGAAGACAAACCCCUUUUCUUUGCACGAAAAUUUGAAGCUGUUGUCAGCCAGGAGAUCAUCAAUAGCUUGGAUGUUUACCUGUUCGGGCAUCUACAGCAAGGUAUGACAGGACUGUCCAGCUAUUGGCAAAAUGAAUAUCACCACCUUGAUUACCAGAGAAAAAGCAGAGAUGGUCGCUUCACUUUCUAUCACGCAUUUAUGCGUCUGACACUAGCAUCUUUAAAGCAGCGAAAUGCAUCCUGCCAGUUAAGACCUCUACAGCUGCUGGAAAUCAACUUGUUUCAAGAAAGUGACCAUUUCCAUGGUCUCUUGACUUUGUUUAAAGUGGAAGACCUCACAUCUGGCAAAGAGUUGACACUGGAAGCCCAUAUGCACCCAAAGCAUUAUUACUCUGUGAUAGAUGCUAAGGGACCUGUUGGAAGGUUGCAGUAUCUCGAGGUUGGAUCUGAUUUUGAUCCAAAAGAACAGAUCUUUCGCAAUUAUGGCCGUCUUUUGGGACCCUUUGAUGAGGUAGCCUUGCGGCAUGUCUGGGACUUGGGCAAAGAAUUCACUGUCUCCAUGGCUUGGGUGGAUCCUGCCAACAUUAUUGCUGCCUCUUAUGAUAUCAAGAUACCUGGGUCUGUAUUCACAGGCUCACACAAGCCAGCAUUAAAUCGUCCUCUUAGGCCAGGAGUGUGGACAGUAAAACUUAUGUACAACAUGGCAUUGGUUGCCGAAACACAGUUUCUGAUCAUCCCACUCACACAUUACCAGGGACGACUUAUUUUACCAGCACAAGUCCCACGCACUCAUGGGGGUCCCAUUGGUAUGUACUCAUCCAAAGAUUUCUCAGAACUGCGGGAUAUUUUGAAGGUGCCACAAAGUCGGGAAUUGGAGGAAGAAGCUGCCAACAAUGCCAAGAAGGUUGGCAAAGAUUUGGAACUGUGGGUUGACAGCCUCCUUCCACUCUUCUGGGUGAUGCAGGAAGCAUGUUCUAUGGAAGUGUCAAAUUUCUGUGCACUGCAGGAGUGCACAAAGACAUCAUGGAGUUCUCGAUCACCUGACCCCAAAUCAGACAUUCGGUCCAUUGGUUCAAAAUUACCUUUAGGUAGAUGACCAUGGCCAACAACUAGAAUUUGAUGCUUUCACAGAAAUGUGUGCGCAUAUUUAAAAGCUGUUUUCUGUGUAAAACUUCUUCCAUGUAAAGAACAUUCUGCAGCAGCUACAGUGGGUGAGUUAGUACAAAGCUUUGAACAAAAGGUCCCAAUGUUUUUACCAGCUAUUACUGUCUGUGUGUGAGUGUGCUGAGGGCUGGAAUGAAUCACUGCUUAAAAUGGAAGGAAUGUGUCAAGUGCUUGGUCUUAUUACAGAGAAUUAAAAAAAAGUCUAUUAGUAAUAUUUACCGAAGAAUAUUCUACCCUCCUCUGCCUGUAGCUUUUUUUUUAUUGCUGUAUAGUACUGAAAAAAAUGUAGAGAUUGUUGUAUUUUUUGCAAAAGUAUUUUCUGAAAACUCCUUUAAAGAAUUUUUUCUUUGACACAAUAUGGAGUCUGACAAAUCAAGCCAUGGGUAGCAGUAAAUUGCCUUCAUCAAUGUGCUGCCCUAUUCAGCUCAAGUCAGCAUUAGAUACAGUGCCUGUCUCCACUCUGACCAGCGCGUACCAGUGACUGUAUUUGAGUCAGGAGGAAUAUGUGUGGAGAGAUCUUUGAGUUAACUGCACUUGACAUGCACAUCAGACAACUGCAGGCUGAUCAGCUUUUAAUAUGGGUGAUGAAAAUGUUUCAUGAGAAAUACAAGACAGUAUUGCUGAUGAUCUUUUUUUUUUUUUUAACAGGGCUAUAUUUUUGAGAUUUUACUUCAAACAUACUAAGUAUGUUGGAAAAAAAUUAAGACAUUUCAUCAUGAUUGCACAGGUGUGUUCUUUAAACAUUAGUUUUAACUUUUUUAAUGACUCUUUCAAUCACAAGAAAUGCUGUGGAUAGCCAUAAUCGAAAAUCAUUACUCAUACACAUCACAGACGUUGUGCAAAUUUAUCUUUUUGUACAUGCAUAUUACAAUCUUCCAUGUUCGGAUUUUCACAUCAUGUUCUUCAGCAUACAAUAUACUGAAUACAGCGGUGCUGUAAAUUUGGUGUCUUUUUUUGCACAUGACAUCUUGGAGACAGACAACCUCACAAUGAUCCUUAUACAAAUCUUGUUAUAGUCCUGCAUAUAAAUUUUUUCUGGGAGCAAAUCCAUUAGUUUCAUUGAAACUGAUAACAGUGCUUUCUUUGAUUUAUUAUUGUAAAUCAUCUUAUUUGUAUAUUUAAUGUUACAAAUGUCAGAUUCAGCCAACAUUUUAAAUUUUGUCUGUAAGAGAUGUGAGUGCCAUGCAGUUUUGCUUUGAAGUAGCAAAGGGAGAUCUGUACUAUGAUAUUUGAGUGGGUUUGUAUUUUGUUUUUGUUUUUAAAAGCUGAUCUAAAUGACUGAUCUGGUUCAAGCUGGAUUUUUUCACUUUCUUUGGUGUCCACCACAUACCACAAGCACAAGUCAUCUGUUUCGGUGGAUUUUUGUUGGUUUUUUUGUUUUUUCCUUAAGCUAUUUUUCUUUUGUUGGAACUAAAUAUGAAAACUGAAUAUGUAAUAAGUGGUGUUUGGAGCUGAGUACUGUGAUUGACAUUAACUAAAAUACCCUUCCUCAGAAUGAUGAUGCAUUUUUAUGCUUUAAUGUAGGGGAGUGAGGAGACAAAGAAAAAAUUUAAUUUUAUGCACCUAAAGCUGUGUUCAUUGUAGGAGCUGAAAAAUGGACAGAGUACAUAAGCUUAUCGAAGAGAUUCCAUAGGAGACAGCAGUGUUAUCUGAGAGCUUGACAUUUGAAAAUAUCCUUCAGAUUAGCAACUUCUCUUAAAAAAUUUUAAAUGUUUAAAAUCUACAUUAGCAACAAUUUUACAUCAUUUUUUUUACACCUAGAACAUGAAGAGGAUGCAGCUGUUUUGCAUACAACUACUUAUGAACAAUUUCUUUGCAAAAAAAUGAAUCUAAAUAAGAUGAUACAUUUUAAAUAUUUUUCUGGUUUUUUCCUGUCAGUUGUGGCAGAAGAGAGUCUGUUGGUUUCUUUCAAAGCAAAGUCAAAGGUGUAUAUAUUUAAAAUCACCAGCACCUUGAUUCUGCCUGGUUUGCACAGGCUAGAGGAAUACAUAAGUGAACUCAUUGUUUGCAUCAUAAGCCACAAAAGUGUUGCAUGUGAACUUUGUAUUGAUGUUGAGUGUCAGAAGAAAGCAAUCUCCAUCUUUUUGAACUGCAUGAUGAAACUGUCUACAAUCACCUGCUGUAAAAAGAACUAAAUAUACCAAAGACGUGGGGAAUCUUCAUGCCCUCUUUGACUCUGUAUUACACAAAAGUAGUUUUUUUUGUUCAGUCUCGGUUGUCUGCUAGCCUGGAAGAAUUCAAUCUGAUACAUUUGUUUAAGAUCUUUACAUUUUUGUAAUGGGCACUAUUUGGCUGGCAACCUGAUGUCUUUUGAGCAAGUUUUAAUGCAGCUCAUCCAUAUUGAAAAAUCUUCUACAUAUUUUCAUGAAAUAUUGUUGCUUUGUUUUUGAACAUGGCAUUUAUUGAGUUUUAGUCUUUUGGAGAAAGUUAAAAUGCUUUAGUAUAAAGUUCUUUUAACGUUAUGGGCCAUAAAGAGCUGCCUGGCAUCCUUGCCUGCAGAAGAGGGAGUGACCAUGCUGGAAUGCAGGACAGCCUUGUUUUACUUUCCCACCUGAAUGUCCCCUCUUGUGCAUCUCUUUGUGCUUAUCACUCUCCCCACAAAAAAAUGUAUAAAGCAACAAAUGGUAGGUAAACACACACAUUAUUGAAAAGCAAGGACAUUUACCAGGCUAUGUUUGCGUAAAGGUUUGGGUUAAGAAUGCAACGAAUAACUGGAUGUUGUGAUAAGAGAUGGUGUGGGUUGUGGUACUAGGUGGACAUUUUAAGAGCUUCCAGAAGUGAAAUAUCAAAGAGAGAAAUAUUGCAUAUUUUUUUUGUUACAAUCGUGUUUCUAUACUUAAUGGCCUAACUCUAAUUUUGUAUCCACAGGCAGGCCAACACAAUAAAUUGGUGUUCUCGUUGCUGUUUAAGUGGGACACCAUGUUUUUAGCAAAUACUUUUUGGUUUCUUUUUUGUCAUUCAGAUCUUUUUGAGUUUUUGUUUUUCUUUUGGUAGAAGUAGCAGGACUGAUUUUGGGCAGUGUUGUGUGGACAUGACAAAUUUGACAUGGAGAACUUGUGUAUGCUAUAAUUUACAAGUAAUAUAACUUGUGACUUUUGUGAUUCACAUUUGCAUGUUCACUUAAAUUUUUCUGUGAUAUCACCUGCGUUAUUGCCAGUACACUGCACUUUACCACUUCACAACAGUAAUAAUGUAUCUAAGCACAAGGAAGCUCUUCUAAACCAAAGAACAUUCCAUUUCUUUGCUGUUCAUUUUAUUCAGGGUUUUUUUUUCCCCAUGAUCACAUCUGUAUUCAUAUUGAAUUUCAGAAAUCACACUUAAUAAAUAUUUAUGGUGGUCCACCUAGUCCCCUGAGCAAAUUAAUCACAUCAGAAUCUCCAUGUCUUGUCUGAAAAUCUGGUUGGUGUAUCUCACAUACACACACAUGCACAGUAUAUGUACAUCAUUGUGGAAACAGUUUGAUAAGUCUUUUACAUUUUGUUUUUUUACAUGCUGUGUACGCUGUCGCUUACUCAAUUAUUGGAAUCAGGACUGUCAUUGCCACCUGUUCAUACUUCAAUCAUUUUAUGCAAGUUAUUUAGAAUAUUGCAGAAACUUUCAAUCGAUCAUAAAUCAUCUAAUUUGAUUCAAGUUCCCUACCUCUAAAUAAUCAAACAUCCUUCAUAGCAUGUGUCCAUGAGAAUUAAAUGUCAGUUUUUGGUUUAAAGUGCAUGAUACAGGUCUGUUGCAAGGAAGACUUUUUUUUUUUGUAACCUUCACAAAUUCACUUUAUUCAACUUUAAUUGUGGUUGUGCUAAAUCAAGGCCAGCUUCCAUUAGAAGUGUGAUCACAGCAGAAAGCACUUAUGCUCUAGACAAAGAAAUUGGUUUUCAAAUAUGAUGAUUAUUGUUAUUCUUUGUUGUUACUUUUUGGAGGUUUCUAAUUACUUGCUACAGGUAUUGUAGUUAAAUGACCAUGGAUAUGUUCAUUUUGCAGCAACAGAACAACUUUAUUCCACAGUUAAAAGACAAAUAAUUACUGAAUUCUGUUGAACAUUAGGUUUUUAAUGCCACAUGUGUCAGCACCUCAUUGCAUUUUCAGGUAAUCAGGAUUUACGUGACCAGUUCACAACAUUCAAAAGUUGUGUCGGUUGUUGGUGUCUAAUAUUCCUGAAGAGAUACCAUCAUGCCUUUUUUAGAUAUGAUCAAACUUUGUUGGCAACUGCUGAUACAUAUUGCCUGUUGUGAGGCAUAGGGAUGAUCUUAGCUUCAAGGCUUUUGAAGCACACAUAAAAUAAUCAUAUCUAAAUGUACCAAAGACAUGUUAGUCUUUCAUUUCAUGGUAUACAGCUAUUUAUGGGGUCAGGUGGAUUUCUGACAAAUCGUUUCAUGUGAUGGUAAAGCUGGUGAAAUAAAUACAAUAAAGUUAUUUUGUAAUUUCCCA